CUGUUCUGUUCUGAUUAAAGCCGACAUAAGCCACUGAAGUCUGGGCUGCAUGAGUUUCCCAUCUCCAGCUCUGCAAGCGAGGGCACGGAGAGAAUUCCCUUGGCAGUCUGUCCCUUCCUGCCAAGUUCCUCCUCCUCCUCUCUGCCAAGCAUCAAAAAUGCCACUUUCUGGCAAGCCAGGCUUGUGUUUUGUACACACAGCUGCCGGGAGUGAAAACAUUCAACAGAAGCUUUUUAACUGCCAGCCACCGAAAGGGGCCCUGAAAUCUACCAUAUGUUCUCUCUGGGAAAAUGCAACGGAAAGGAAAAAGGAGAAGGAACAGCAGUAAUGGGAGGGCUGAGCAAAGGGUCCCAGAGGACACUGUUGCCAAUAGCCCUGUGUGUUUUUCAGGGUCAAAAAAGGCAAGGGCCAGCCGGUCCAGGAUGCUUGGAUGGUUUGGAUCAUAAGCCCCAUUUGAGGUCCCAGAGAAAUCUCCUUGGUAUUUUGGAAUCUCAUUGAGUUGGACUUGUGGUGGUGUCAUCCUCGAUUUCCUAGAAAGACGCCAAUUGCAAAGGUCCUCAGCUGACCUCUAGAGCGUCUUGGCCAGCCUACCUGGACAGGUUGUUGUGAGGCUCUAAUUUCAUAAUAAAACACAGUAUCCAACCUGCUUGGCAGGAAGGCAGACUGGGGAGCUGCCCUGCAAAGAAAACUGAACACCUCUGGGCUGCAAUAUUCCCGAGGGCCGACAGAUGGCCCCGUCCUUUGCUGCCCCCUGAUGGCCGGUAGCGGAGUUGCUUUCAAGGCCGGGAAAGGCGGCGGCGUCGCCUCCCACAGUAAAGAUGGCGGCCGCGGCCUUCCAAGCGCUGCUCCGGCCUCCCCGUUGGCGCUUUCUCGGCAGGUGUAAGUCUCCGGCGGUCGUGGGAGUCGGGGCGCGGGGCCUGGGCAGGUGGCCGGUGCGGGGGGCAACGGCUUCAUCGUCCCCGGCAGCGGCUUCGCGACGACGAGCCUUGUCGGUGGGACCCGGGGAGCGGCAGCCACAGGAGGGCCGGCUCGCAAAGGCGGAGGAGGCGACGCACUAUCGGCUGCUGUUCACGUGUAAGGUAUGCAACACACGAUCUGCGAAAACUAUUUCCAAGGUGGCUUAUCAUCAUGGAGUCGUGAUAGUGAAAUGCUCGGGGUGCAACAACCAUCAUGUGAUUGCUGAUAACUUGGGCUGGUUCUCUGACUUGGAAGGGAAGAGGAACAUUGAGGAAAUCCUUGCAGCCAAAGGAGAGAAAGUGAGGCGAGUGGCAGGCGAAGACGCUCUCGAACUCUUAGUUGAAGACCCCAAAUUGCUGGAACUUCUGAGCAAAGCAGAAGGAGAGAAAGAUCCAAAGUGAUCAAAAUAGACAUCUUCAAUCAACCCUGGGGGAAAAAAACUUCCCUAAGUUAGACCUUUAUUUGAAGUAACGCUUUGUAGUGUUCCUUCAGUUGAGUUUUUUCCAAUCUUGUGGAUUGCAGGAUUGUUGUUUCUUGGGAAAUGUUUUUUUCCAGCUGCACAGGA